GUUGAGAACAGACUGGCAUCGGAGAUCUUCUGGUAGGGGUUCUGUCGGGAUGGACGGUCGAAUACGAGACGAACGGUGAGAGUCAGCUGAAGCGAAGAUGGUGAGUAAAACGGAAGAGGACAGAGUGAACAGUUUGGAGGUUCAAGUGGACAAUGGAGGUGGCGGCGCGUGGGAAUAUCUAUCUCUUGUCCGGAAGCUCAAGCUCCGCCGAUCCGACAAGGUCUUGAAGCACGGUCUCGCCCUCCUUAAUGAUGACAAAGCUCGAUCUGCUCUUGGCACUGAAGAAUGGACAUUAUAUGAGCAGGUGGCUAUUGCUGCUAUGGACUCCCAUUGUCUUGAUGUGGCAAAGGAGAACAUUAAAGUUUUGAAGAAAAAGUUUCCAGGAAGCAAACGAGUUGGCAGGUUAGAAGCAAUGUUGCUUGAGGCCAGGGAAUUAUGGGAGGAGGCCGAAAAGGCUUACUCAAGCCUACUGGAGGAAAAUCCAUUUGAUCAGGUCAUACAAAAGAGGAGGGUAGCCAUGGCAAAGGCAGAAGGCAAUAUGUCAGGAGCAAUUGAAUUGCUAAAUAAGUAUCUCGAAAUAUUCAUGGCAGAUCACGAUGCUUGGAGGGAACUUGCGGAAAUGUAUGUCUCCCUACAAAUGUAUAAGCAGGCGGCUUUCUGCUAUGAGGAGCUCCUCUUAUCUCAACCAACAGUUCCUCUUUAUCACUUGGCUUAUGCUGAUGUGCUCUAUACAUUAGGUGGACUUGACAAUAUAUCCAGACGGCCAAGAAAUAUUACGCAACUACCAUAGACUUAACAGGUGGAAAGAAUACCAGAGCCCUUUUUGGUAUAUGCUUGUGUACAUCUGCCAUAGGGCAUCUGACUAAAGGACGGAGGCAGGAGGACAAAGACAAAUCAGAGCUGCAAUCUUUGUCCUUUAGGGCCCUGGAGAAAGAUUACAAUGAGAAAGCUUCUGAUAAACUUUCUCUUCUUGCUUCAACUUUGAGAAGUUUGAAGAUUUGAUCAUUUUUUUUGCAUUUUUUAAAGCUUGUGUCUUUCAGAUGGUUUAUGCCCCUCAUCAGUUGCUUUAAUUAUUGAAAGCUGACCAUGUGUGCUGUCAGGUUUAAUCACUUAGAUGUUUCUCUUUUGUUGUCAACGUGGGAUUUAACAGAAGAUGUUUCAUAAAGCUGUACUAGAAGGGAAAACAAGGAAAAUAGUUUAUCAGAGAAUUUGGCUGUUUCACUUCAAAAAAA